UCGCAGAGGGAAGCAGAUCGCAUUGAGGUCUGAGGAUGAUUUUCUCUUAGCCCAAUCGAUUGAGUUUGCCUUCUCCCACUGCAACAUUGAAUAAUUAAUUUAACCACCAUAUUGGUGGCGCAGAAGAAGAGCUCGUUAGAUUGUGGGGGAAUGGGAUCCAAAGUAGUUUCUGAAUAGGAAGAAGAAAACAGGACCUCGACACUUGGCUUCUUCAUCAUCGUCUCAUAGAAUAAAAAAUAAACUUCCACCUCACAGUGGCGCGGCUGCGUUCUUCUUCAUAAAAGAAGGAUUUUUUUUACUCUUCCGCUGGAUCCCAUGGAAAGGGAAGAGCUCGGAAGCAGUGGCAGCGGCUACAGCUGUGCCAAUGGAGCGGCGGCGGCGGCGGCGGUUGCUGCGAUGUCACCGGCGGCCCUUCCGACGCCGCUGACUCCCAAAGUAUGCGAGGCGGCGCCGUACCCGACGACCUUCGUCCAGGCAGACAGCUCCUCGUUCAAGAAGGUGGUCCAGAUGCUCACGGGCUCGGCUGAGACUGCGGCGGCGGCGGCCGGGAAGGGGGCACACCCGGCCCCGGCGGCCAAGGCCACCGGCCCCAAGAAGCCGUCUUUCAAGCUCUACGAGCGGAGGAACAGCCUCAAGAACCUGAAGGUGCUGAGCCCUCUCAUGCCGACGUUUCUGUGCUCCAAUCUCAAUUCCCCCGGCGGCGCCGCUGGAUUCUCUCCCCGGAAGAAGCCGGAGAUCCUGUCGCCCAGCAUGCUGGACUUCCCCUCCUUGGUUCUUAGCCCGGUGACGCCUCUGAUCCCGGAUCCCUUCAACCGGCCGCCGCCGCCACACCCGAGCUCGGACGCUGCUAAGUGGGCGGAGGACAGGGCCAUCGCUGGAAAGGGGUUCUACCUGCACCCGUCGCCCCGGGCCGCGCCCGAUGCGGAGCCGCCACGGUUGCUUCCGUUAUUCCCAGUGGCGUCGCCGAGGACGGUCUCCUCUGAGUUAUCCCUCGCCACACCACACUUCUCUAUCUGAGAAGCACAAUUCCUAGUAGGUCUAAUGUUCAAUUACUGCUCUUCUUCUUUAGCUUCAAUUGUAUGAUUUGGCCUUAAUUUCCAAUCCAUGAUGGAAAUUACCAGCACGAGAAACAAUGACCAUCUCCUCGCCUUUUAACUAA